UUCCCGUCGGACAGAUUAGGGACGGAAACCAAACAGCCACGUAGUGAACGGCGAAGCUCGCAAAAGGGUGAGCAGUGCCGUCUGUCAUCAGAAGUGUUCCUGGACACUGACGUGCUCCCAGCUGGCCUGCCUCCUCAGAAGAUGGUUUUGUGAGAGGUUCUUUCCUCAGCGGUACCAGCAACAUUGUGACUGUUCAGUUUCCUCAAGGAAAUGGAUAGUAAUCAAUCAGAAGCAGCUCCAAUGGAGGCUCAAGAAGACCAUCUUAUAAAAUCCAAAGUGGAAGGUGACAUGCAAUUGAAACAAGUGCCGGAUAAGACGCAACAUGCAAAAGAGUUUAUUCAUAAUGAACCUUUCAGUUCAGAAGUGAUGCCAAAUGGAAACGGACUGGCCGAGGACUUUAGUGCUGCAGGGAACACCCAUAUAAAUGGGUCCUUGUCUCUGGCAGCCCCUCCCCAGAGCACCAGCUCCCCGGUCAACUCCCAGACCCAAGAGCCCUCCCCAGGUUUGGCUGCUUUUCCACCCAUGGUGAUAGAGAGGUCUGAGGGGGCUAGGGCCGAGAUCACGGUUCACACGGGUGAUUCAUUGCAGUCGCUCAGACUCAGUAUGCCUUUGCAGGAGACUGAUUUGUCAAACCAGAAGCCAUCAUUGGAGAUGGAGAAUGAGGAGAAGAUUCGCCUGGAUGCUCGUCGACGUCUGGAGGACCAACUCAAACAGUACAGAGUUCAGAGACAUAAAGAGAGUUCUCACCGCACCACCCCCAAGAACAGGCCAUUCAGCACUCUGGAUCCAGAGCUCAUGCUGCAUCCUGAGGGUCUGCCCAGGGCCAACACUCUUGCCAUGACCACAGAGUAUUCCUUCAUGAGGACCACUGUCCCCCGUGGUCCCAAAGUGGGUAGCUUGGGAAUUCCCCCUUCUAAGGACAAAAAGCCCAGAUCACCCCGCCCGAGCAACAUCCACUCCUUGGCCGACUACCAGUCUCCUGGGAGUGAUGGUGCAAGUUGGGGUGCAGGUAGAGUUGGGGCAGCAGACAACACCAUGAGCUCCCACCAGUCCACCCUUAGCUCUGUGUCCACUUUGUCUGCGGUCAGUGUGAUGUCGGAGGGCAGCACCUGUGAGACGGAAGCACAGCCUGGUGCUUCACUCCAAAUUGGGGACAAUGCGUCAGAAAUCAACGGCAGUGAAUCGGGGGCGAAGCCAGGGAACGACGGCAACGACAGUGACAGCUCGUCUUACAGCAGUGUGUCGACCAGGGCCACAUACGGGAUGCUCUCCGCAGCAGUGCAAAGGCAGCAGGGGCCCUACACGGUGGAGGGUAGGGAGAUUGCCCCUGAGGCCAUGGGCCAGUUCCCCUCCCUGCAGGAGGUGCUGCAGGUAGCGAGUGAAGAGCAGCACCUGCUCGAGCUUGAGCGCGAACAGGACAGAGAAGGGAUGGGGGAGCCUCAAAGCCGCAGAGACAGUUUCUCUAGCAGUGUUUCUUUGGAGAGUUCAGUGAUGGGCCAUGAUGAUAUGCUGCAGGUUUUAAAAGAGAAAAUGAGACUGGAGGGUCAGCUGGAAUCUUUGUCAUCUGAGGCCAAUCAGGCUCUCAAAGAGAGGACGGAGCUUCAGGCCCAGCUCGCUACAGUGAAUGCUCGACUGCAAGCUAAAACAGAGGACGCUCAGGUCAGCCAGGAGAAGCAGAAUGUCCUCACUGCAGAGGUCGGCACACUGCGGAAAAACUGCAACCAGCUAGAGAAGGCCAUGGUGGAUCUCCAGGGCAGUCUGGAGGGCAAGAAUGCCAGUCUGACUUCUCUAAGCAAUGACCUGAAGGUGGCUGAAGACCAGUACAAAAGGCUGAUGGGGAAGGUGGAGAAGAUGCAAAACACUGUUACUUCCAGAGAUAUUACAGUCCAAGAGUUGCGACAGCAGUUGGGUGGUCUUCAGAGCCAGCUUCAACAGAUCCAGCUGGAGCGCAGCACCCUUCAGAGCCGAAUGAAGACUUCUCAGGCUGAAAUUCAAUCGCUUCAGCAGCUCAGACAGUGGUACCAGCAGCAGCUAGCUCUUGCCCAGGAGGCCAGAGUACGACUGCAAAGCGAAAUGGCCACCAUGCAGGCUGGACAGAUGACUCAGAUUGGUACUCUGGAACAUUUUAAACUGGAGAAUGUGACUCUCUCCCACCAACUCACGGAAUCCCAACACCGCUCUAUCAAAGAAAAAGAGCGUAUUGCUGUUCAGCUGCAGAACAUUGAGACUGACAUGCUGACCCAGGAAGCUGAUUAUAAGCAGAUCCAGGAUGCAAAGAACAUGGUGGAAGAUGAUCUGCAGCAAAAACUGGAUGAGUUUGAGGAUGAGCGAGAACGCUUAAUUAAAUUGGCCAACACAGCCAGCACCCUGGAAAGGGAUCUGGAGCAGGCAAAGUUGAUCUUUUCCCAGAAGGACAUGCAGCUGCAGUCACUCCAGAAAGAGCAUCUGGAGCUGAUGCGCCAUCUGACCACCACUCAGGACAGCCUGCAAACCAAAGAGCAGUCCAUCAACCACCUAGAAGCCCAAUACCUGGAGCUGGAAGCUCAGUUGGCUGAGCUGCAGACAGAGAACAGCGCCAAGGAUGACAACAUCCAGUACCUCCAAAACGAGAAGAUUGUCCUGGAGGUAGCGCUGCAGGCAGCCCGGUCCGAAAAGAGCCAACUUGACGAGGGCGCUGAACGGCUCGGAGAGGAUGUUCUGGUGGCUUCAGAUAUCUUGGAUCAACUCAGACAGGAAGUCCAAAUCAAAGCCAAUCAGAUUGAAACGCUUCAACAAGAAAAUAGUUCCCUGAAGAGACAAACUCAGAAACUGAAGGAGCAGUUCCAACAACAAAAGGUGAUGGUGGAGGCCUACCGUCGGGACGCCAGCUCCAAAGACCAGUUGAUCAAUGAGCUCAAGUCCACCAAAAAGCGCCUGUUGGCAGAGGUGAAGGACCUGAAGCAGGAGGUGCUGAGCUUUCAGGGGGAGAAGCAGAGUGCAGAGCUGGAGCAGGCCCGGCUUGCAAAGGAGGUGGUGAGAGUCCAGGGUCAGAUGAACCACAUGGAGGCUCAUCUGCAAACCAUUCAAGAAGAAAGGGAUCAGCUAGAAAACCAGAUCCAGACUUUACAGUUUGAUCAGAGCCAACUAGCAGCCGUCACAGAAGAGAAUGAAGGUCUGAGGAAGCAGGUGGAGCAAUUUGAGGGAGAAGCCAAAAAGGCCAUCAGAGAGCAGAAGGUGCGCGUGAAGCGACUGGGGACAGAUUUGACCAGUGCUCAGAAGGACAUGAAGGCCAAGCACAAGGCCUACGAGAACGCUGUGGGCAUCCUGAGUAGGAGGCUCCAAGAGGCUCUGACUGACAAGGAGACCGCCGAGGCAGAGCUGGCAAAACUCAAGGCCCAGGUGUCGGAUGGGGGGAACAGCCAGGCCUUCCAGGAUAAGAUUAAGGCUCUGCAGGCAGAGCUACAGACUGUGGCCAACAGCAAGACUAUGCUAGAGAAGGAGCUGCAGGAAGUGAUCACCCUCACCUCCACGGAGCUGGAGGACUACCAGGAGAAGGUCAUGGAGCUUGAGGAUGAGCUUCAAGAGUCCCGGUGCUUCAUGAAGCGGAUUCGAAAGUUAGAAGAUGCCAACAAGAAGCUAGCACUGGAGCUUGAACAUGAAAAGGGGAAAUUGGAUGGAUUGGCCCAGUCCCACAAUACACUGCGGGAACAUUCCAACAUUUUGGAGUCUGCCUUAGCUAAGAGAGAGGCAGAUCUUGUCCAGCUCAACUUACAGGUACAAGCUGUUCUGAAGCGUAAAGAAGAUGAGGACCAGCAAAUGAAGCAGGUGGUUCAAACGCUUCAGCUUGCACUGGAAAAAGAGAAAACCAAAGUCCAUGGCCUGAAAGAACAGGUGGCAGCUGCAAAGGCUGAAGCAGCUCACAAUAGACGGCACUACAGGGCAGCUAUGCUGGAGCUGUCGGAAAUCAAAAAGGACCUGCAGGCCAAAGUGGACGUGGUCAAAGCUCUGCAGAGUGAAUCUCACAAACUACAAGCUCAGGAUGAGCAGCAUUCUCAGGAGGUGUCCAGGUUCCAAGAGGAGCUGGCUGAGGCCCAUUCACAGCUCCAGAUCCUCCAGAAACAACUCGACGAGGAACUGGCCAAGCAGCCCCUCACUAACCAAGAAGUUGAGGACCUGAAGUGGGAGGUGGAGCAAAGGCAAAGGGAGAUCGAGGCUCAGAAGCAGCAGCUGGAGAUGAUGGAGCAGUGUCAGCACAGGGAGCUAGACAACCUACAGAGAGCUCUGCAGAACAUCAAAGUUGAGCUGGAGUCGGUGCAAGACGAUCUGAGCGGCACCAGGAAGGACAAGUUUAUGCUGCAGGCCAAAGUGGGUGAGCUGAGGAACAGCAUGAAGACAGUCUUUUUGCAGAACCAGCAACUAAAACAGGAUCUCAAGCAAAGUCGUCUCAGGAAGACUAUACACAUCCCUGAAAUGGUGGAGCAGCAGCGUAUGGAGCUAAAGAGUGAUGGUAGCCCAUCCAACCCAAUGACACCAGUUAAGAUCCCAGACUGCCCAGUGCCUGCCUCCCUAUUGGAUGAGUUGCUGAAACCAUCGACGUCAGUCAACAAAGAGCCCCUCAACAACCUGCACAACUGUCUACGACAACUCAAGGAGGAGAUGGACAGCCUCCAAAAGCAGAUGGAGGAAAACACACUAACAGUCCAUGAGUCAAUGAGCUCAUGGACAAACACAGAGGAGGGACUGGUUGAACUGGAGAUUGACAACAACAUCUCCAAAUCAUCAACGUCACUAAAUAACAUGGUUGUGAAAAACAACAAUGAAGCAGAACAGCAACAGUCAUAAUAUAAUAACUUGUUUCAGGCCAUAAGAGGGAGAGUGGAGUUUUAUCCACAAAAGCACUUUUCAGACUCUUAUUCCCUCUCUUUUCUUAACAAUUGCUGCCAACAUUUGGCAUUUUCCCAUCAGCACAUGCAUGCUUUUUCAGUCAUACUUUAUAUAUCAUAGCUUUAUUAUUUCCUCUUUAUUUGACAGUUGUUUAUAUUUUUGUUAUCCUAUUGUCCCAUUUAUUUAUUUUAAAUGAAGUAAUUACCGGUACAUCUUAUCUGACGGCUUCUCCAAGACGAUCAUCAAUCUUCAGUUUUGUUAUCAUAGAUACAGAUAGGGUCUAGUAUGGACUGUUUAACGAAUAUGUCAGGCCAGUUUUCCCCUUUUCGGUCAACAGUUUUUCUCUAAAAUAUAUUUAGUCGUAAUCCUCCUCGCUAUAUAAGAUAUGUGGCUGUUUGCUGCUUAAUGAUGGCUGACAUUAUUUUUUAAAAGUGUUAUGGUAACAGAAACAAACCAUUAGUCCCUCAACAGACUGGCGAUGAACUGUUCUUCUAUUUCUUUUUGCCCGUGUAAGAGAGUAGGUACUCAUCUAUGAAUUAACUGAUGUGGUUACACAUCCAAGGGAUUUCUAAACAGUUGAUGAAAAAUCAUCGAUCCUUUUCAUAAGUCAUGGGAAAUUGUUGUCAGUUUCUUUUGUAUUGCCUCUUGCUAAUAUGCAGUGUUUCUUACAUUUGUUGAAAUUGUAUAACAUUGGGUUCCUUCACUAAAAACAUGAAUCUCAGCUAUAAAUGGAGGUGUUUUGUCUAGCAUGGACUGCAGUCAUUUGUAUGCACACAAAAAAAAGCCUUACGCAAUGUUUAAUAUGCUGUAAAGGACUAAGUGGGUUUGAAUGAACAUAUUUCUGCUGAGGUUGUGUAAUAUGUUAUAAUGUAUGUAUGCAAAAUGUUGUGUGUGCAAAUCCUUACUGAAGAAUGGUUUAUUGUCAAAUAAGGGGAUCACAUCAACGAAGAAAGCAAGUUGUACAAUGAAGCAGAAAUGUUACUACUUCUAACAGCAAGUGCAAUCAAAUGUGUUCAUUUUCUGUUACAUUUGGUACAUAUUGAAAACAAAAUGUGUUAUGGUUGUUUCAUGGAUAUGGGCGUAAGUUAAUUGUUUCUAGAGGUUAAUAUAUUAAUUACAUUUGUUGUAUGAUUGUAAAAUCAUCCUAAUUGUUUAAUGGUGUAAUAAAGUAAAUAAAUACCUAAUAAUAAGUAUCAAAUGCAAACCAUGAAUUCAACGAGUAAUUCUGGUACAGCUGCACUAAAAGGUCAGUGUAGAGGAUACUACAGGGGAAGAUGUCUGUAAACAAUCUUGCUGCAGCUAGUGUUGUUCAUUCCCACAUUAAACAACUUUUCUAAACACUGUUGUAUGGUUCUAAAUUUCCAAAGGGAUAAUACAUAUUUUGAGGGGAAUGCUUGCUGAGGCAAAUAAUAUGAAAUGUAUUGAUAAGCUGUGUUCUGGUUUUUUUUUAUGAGGACUAUCUUCCAAACUACCUUUCACUGUAACGUUAGGUAGUAUUUAAUAACAUUUGGUCUUCGACACCUGCGCUCCUGUUGCUGUAUCUGCUUUUCUCUACUUUUUUUCAAAGUUGAAAUUGAUUAAUUCCUAUGUUUUAACGUUUGUGUUGGGAGAUGUGAUUGUAUUCAUCAUAAAAUUGCACUAUUCAUCUGUC